AGUAGUAGCCAGUAGACACACACAAAUCCAUUCCUCCCUAAAAACUCCCUCACUCUCAAAAACCCUCAAUGGCCUCUCACCACCACCAUCACCGCCACCACCAAUCUCCACCACCACCACCACCACCUCCUCCAACCCAUUGCUGCUGCACCCCUUCCUACACUUGCUGCACCCCCCAAAACCCCCAUCUUUCUCCCCAACACGACCACCUCGUACAAUCCAUUUACUCCCUCAUCCUUUCCCAACAUCUCCACCCCUCUCCACAACACGACAACAACCUCGUACACGACCACCUUCGUCCCACUCAAAUCCACCACGACAACCUCGUACACCCCAAAUCACACCCCCUUCAAAAUCACAAACACCAAUCCACAAUCUCGUCUCUCCUCCACCGCAUUGAAUCCCUUGAAUCCUCUCUCAAUCAUCAUCACCAAACCCAUCAUCAAUCUCUCCGCCAUUCCGCAGCUACCAUUAUCCAAACCCAUUUCCGUUCCUUCCUUGUUCGUAGAUCAAGAACCCUAAGAAACCUCAAACACCUCGCAUCUAUCAAAUCCUCCUUCAUUUCUCUCAGAUCCUCCUUUUCAAAGCAAACCCAUUUCGAUUUUCCAGCUCUUUCUCAAAAAGCUGUCAACUUGUUCAUUCAACUCGAUUCCAUUCAGGAUUGUGAUAAGAUGAUUGUGGAUGGGAAAAGGUCGAUUAGUAGAGAUUUAGUUCAGUUUUUGGACUCGAUCGAAGAGGUUGCUGUGAAAAAGCGUAUACUACAUGUUAAAGCAGUGAAGACUUCUAGGUCUGGUGAGAAAAUUCAGAGACGAAGAAAUUCAGAUGGUGAUGAUGAGAAGGAGAAGCUGUUGAAGAAUUUGAGGGGUAGGGUUGAGAAGAUUAGCAAAUUGUGUAAGGUUUAUGUAGAUGAUGAAGAACGUUUAGAGAACGAGGAGGGUGUUUGUGAUCAUGAUGAUGAUGGUGAUUAUGAUGAGGAUGGAGUAAGGGAUAGUAACAAAAAAGGGUUCGUUGUUAAAAGGCAAGAAAUUCAACCUAGAACGAAGAAAAGUGUGAGAUUUGCGGAGAAUGGUAAAAUUUGCGAGGUUUAUAGUACGAGUGGUGAAUCGGAUGGUAGUUCAUCGAAUGACGAACAUGGUGAGGUAUUGGAGAAUGGAAAGUUUGCAGCGGUUGUAGAUGUUGUGGAUUCUUCUCGAGGUGGUGAUGAUGAGGAGGACGUGCUGGUGGAAGACAGUGGAGGAUCGACGCAUAGUAGUGAUGACGGAGAUGUAGUGAAAGAGAAGCUUCUGUUUUCUCCUCCGUUGCCACUUAAGAUGGAAAACAGAAGUGAGUUGAAGAGUAAAGGUGUGAAAAUUUUGUCGUGAAAUGUCAGAACAUGUAAGGCUUUGGUUAUGUUUUGAUUUGUAAUGUUUGAUUGUAUUCUAGAAUAAUUUGAUUUGGACUUAGAUUGUUUGGUA